UUUUACAAACUCAAAUCAUACAAAACAAAACAAACAUCGACCAAUAAAGGCUAAAAGCUUAAUUCACAAAACAAACAUCGAUAUUAUGGACAAGGUGAUGAGAAUGUCGUCAGAGAAAGGAGUGGUGAUCUUCACGAAGAGCUCAUGUUGUCUCUGCUACACCGUUCAGAUCCUGUUCCGUGACCUUAGGGUUCAACCAACGAUCCACGAGAUCGACAACGAUCCAGACUGCCGCGAAAUCGAGAAGGCUCUCCUCCGUAUUGGCUGUUCCACGGCGGUGCCAGCUGUCUUCGUAGGUGGCAAGCUCGUUGGUUCCACCAAUGAAGUCAUGUCCCUUCACCUUAGUGGUUCUCUCGUCCCCUUGAUCAAACCCUAUCAGUCCCUCCUUUACCAGGCCAAUUGAACCAACUCGAUCGAGAUCCUUCAUAUAAUUAAUCUUAUUAUCUAGCCAGUGACAAUAAAAGUUCUUAUAGCUUGAGUGUGAGCUCGACUCAUACUAGCUACUAGAUAGAAAUCGGAUGAGUUCUUCUUCUGAAAUUCAUCAUAUGUGUCUUCUAUUGUUUAGCAUCUUCCUGUUUUACUCUAGUUAAUCAACUGGUGUAUGUUGAUGUACGUAUGUGUCUCUGUUUAAUUAUAUAUGCUAAUGAAAAGAGUAUUCAAAAUA